AGGAGGAAGGAAGAAAGAAGCAGUGGAGUGGAGCGAAGUGGAAUGGAGUACCGUGUAAUGGAGUACCGUGGAAUGGAGUGCAGUGCAGUAUGAUUGUGGAGCCAGUUUGGUCGGAGAUGGACAAUGGCUCUUUCCCGAGGUCUGAGAUGCUGUGCCCGGGUGUUUUCCUGGAUACCUGUCCUCAUAAUCACCUCCGUGGUGCUGUGGUCCUACUACGCCUAUGUGUUUGAGCUAUGUUUAUUCACAAUCAGCAACACAUUGGAGAAGGUGGCCUACCUACUGGUGUUCCAUGUGUGUUUUGUGAUGUUCUCCUGGACCUAUUGGAAGGCCAUCUUCACUCCUCCUGCCUCACCCUGCAAGAAGUUCCAGCUGUCGUACUCCGAUAAGGAGCGUUAUGAGAGGGAGGAGAGGCCUGAUGCUCAGAAACAGAUCCUGGUGGACAUCGCUAAGAGUCUCCCCAUCUUCACUAGAGCUACGUCUGGAGCGAUCAGGUUCUGUGACCGGUGCCAGGUGCUGAAGCCUGACCGCAGUCACCAUUGCUCUGUCUGUGAAACGUGUGUCCUGAAGAUGGACCAUCACUGUCCAUGGGUGAAUAACCAUCCUGUCUGUGUUUCUGUGUUUCCCAGCCAAGGAGACGGACACUACUUCCCCCUGAAGAGCCUGAGUGAGUCCUCAACCUCUCUAUUAGCCAAUGAGGAGAAAUGGGAUGAGGAAGAGGAGUCAGAGGACGACAACAUAGGUGAUGACAGAGAUCCCUCUGUUACCGUAGAGAUGGACGAAGAGGAGCAGGAUCACGUUAGGGACUUUAUAAACGGUGCAGUGGGAGUCGUACCCUGAGGAGGAAGACAAACCUACCCUGAGGAGAAGACAAACCUACCCUGAGGAGGAAGACAAACUGUGGGACCAUCAGACACACGGAAGAACUCGACGUGCAGCCAAAACGUUUUUAGACAUCACCAUCUCAAUAUCAUGUAUAGUUUUCAGUUCACCAUGGAGGAAGGACAAUGUUAGGGGAACAGAAGUCAACCAGUACUAUCCAGUAUAUCACAUUACACGGUUGUUUUAAGAGAAAGACCAUGUCUAGCACUGUCUCCUUACUUCUGUUGUCUCCCUACCUCUCUGUAUUUUUGUGGAUCUUAUAUAGUACUAGGCUGCUAGCUAGCUUUUCAUUUCUCGCCUGUUUUUUUUUGCCCGUAUUUUGUAAAUGUAAAUAGCUUUGUGAUUUACAUCUUUAAAUGAAAAGAGUUCUACAAAUGUAAUGUAUUAUCAUUAUUCCGUAUGCAGGGCCCUUAAGGCCCAAUCAGAAUGGAGAAAGCCCAUUAAAACCACAAAUGUAUUUGUUGCCAUCCUA